AAAAAAAAUCCACUAAUUAAUUAAUAAGCGAAUGAAUGUCAAAUCUUCUCCCGCCAAUUCAACAUCAAGUUUCAACUUCUCUCUCUAAAUCUCUUCAUAACCCACCAAAUUUCCAUAUGAUUAUAUAUAUAUAUAUAUAUAUUACUUCAAUUUCUCUUUGCUCUUUACACUCUCUCAUGGCGAGAUCAAGGCCUUCCUCUGUUUCUUCCCAGGCCUCCACUUCCUAUCCCGUACUGCUACUCACUCUCCUUCCCUUAACUCUUGCUGCCUUCGCUUUCGUUCUUCAAUGGCGUGGUGGAUUCAACGACUCGAUUUCUCUCUCGUCGUCCGAUCACCGCGAGCUUCCUGGAAUGGACACCACCAAUUCUUCCAUCUCAUCUUCUAAAAGCUUUGGUUGUAAAGAGCUUUCGGGUCGGAGUCAUAACCAGUCAUUUCCUUAUUAUAGGAAUUGGAAAUUCAAUUUUCAGUCUGAUUUGCGGCCUAAGAUAUGUAUAACUACAAGCACUUCUGCAGGCUUAGAACAAAUUUUACCAUGGAUAUUUUACCACAAAGUUAUUGGAGUUUCAUCCUUCUUCCUUUUUGUAGAGGGGAAGGCUGCCUCUCCUAAUGUAUCUAAAGUUCUAGUAACAGUUCCAGGCGUGAAACUUAUCUACAGAACACUAGAACUAGAGGAGCAACAAGCUAGAAGCCGGAUUUGGAAUGAGACUUGGCUGGCGAACUACUUUUACAAACCAUGUAAUAGUGAAUUAUUUGUGAAGCAAUCCCUCAACAUGGAAAUGGCCAUUAUCAUGGCAAGGGAAGCCAGCAUGGAUUGGAUUAUCCAUGUUGAUACUGAUGAGCUAAUACAUCCUGCGGGAGCUCCUGAAUAUUCUCUAACCCAAUUGCUUUCAGAUGUGCCUGCAAAUGUUGAUAUGGUUGUCUUUCCAAAUUAUGAGAGUUGUGUUGAGCGAGAUGAUAUCAAGGAGCCUUUUACUGAGGUUUCAAUGUUCAAGAAGAACUAUGAACAUCUUCCAACAGAUGUUUACUUUAGAAAUUAUAAAGAAGCAACUCGUGGUAAUCCAAAUUACUUUCUAACAUAUGGAAAUGGGAAGUCUGCUGCCCGAAUUCAUGAUCAUCUUCGCCCUAAUGGUGCUCAUAGAUGGCAUAACUAUGUCAAGUAUCCUAAUGAGAUGAAAUUGGGUGAGGCAGCCAUUUUGCAUUACACAUACCCAAAAUUUUCGGAUUUGACUUCAAGACGUGAUCGGUGUCGUUGCAAGCCUACAAAGGACGAUGUUAAAAGAUGUUUUAUGUUGGAAUUUGACAGAAUUGCAUUCAUAAUUGCUUCAACUGCAACAGAAGAGGAAAUGCUUCAAUGGUACCGAGAACAUGUUGUAUGGACUGAAAAUUCACUGAAACUUAAGCUCAUGAGAAAUGGUAUCUUGACUCGAAUUUAUGCUCCCAUGGUCAUUAUCCAAGGACUCAGAGAAUCUGGCUUGUUCAGAGAUGUCAUAGUGAGGGCACAAACGAAUCAAACAGAGAUCUUUCCUUCAGUUGAGAAGAGUAAUUCUGGAAAAUCAGCUAAAUCUGGAGUUGUUUCUUCAGGAAAGAUUGGUGAAAAUGGAGAUUCUCAGGCAACUGCAAGAAGGGUAUUGCAGAUAAGUGAUAAUGGUUCUUUUCCCUCAGCUGUUCCACCUCAAUCUCCUCCUGGCCAGGAAGAUAUUGAUGUAGAGAUAUGCUAACAUUGCAUCCAUAGCUGCCUUGGCUUGCUUGAAAUCACCAUUCCCUUCUAUAGAUUUAGACAGGAUUAAGCAUUUGAAACAUUGGGAAGAAGAUGCUGAGGGAUUGACAGUAGCAUAGCUACAGGCUGCAGUGGUGGUGCUCUCUAGUGUUUAGCUAAAAGAGAGGGAAGUGUUAAGCAGGAUUCUGAUUCCAUCAUGGUGAUUUCUUGGACUUCUUGGUACUUCUCUAGAUGCCUUGGCUGAUUGCCUUUGGUUUGUUAUUGGAAAUCCUGCCAAUUCAACUCCUACAAAAAUUAUGGGGGCACUGUGUGAUUGUAUCUUUCCCCCAUUCAUGAUACAUAGAAUUUUAAUUAAAAUUUGAAAUGUUGAUUAUUAUUUAAUCCGUC